AUGGCAGUUGAUGGGUCCUCCUAUCCUGACUCUCCAAUUCACUUGUCUGUUUGGCCCUUAGAGAAGCAGCUUACUGUAUACACAAAGGGUCUGUUGCCAGCCAUGGAAUUUGCGCUUGAGAAGAAAGAGGCCUUCAUUGUGACUCAAGAGAUCCAUGCAGGCAGAAAGAAGAUCCCUUUGGGUUCUAUUGGGUGCUUCAUCAAAGGAAAGCACAGCAUGGGUCGCAUUGUUGAUCGCAAAUCUAGGCCUGCCAUAGCCCUGAUGAACAGCCACAUAAAACCACUAAGCCACCAUCAGGCUGCCCUCUUGCUCUCCAUUGAGAGCCCGCAAAAGAGGUACAGCCUGUUUUGCAAUGAGCAGCACUUCACUUCCAUUUGCUUCCUCAAAAUCCAUGAUGUGGUACAGCUGAGAUGUGGCCGGGUGAGGACAGUGGGCAUUGUGAGAGGCUUCUGGGAACGGCUCAGGAAUCCUGGCAAUGGAGAGCUGAAGAUGGUUCUCAUUGAGGUGGAGCUGCUGGAUCCCAGGAUUCUUGCUCUCAGGAACAGCUUCUCUAGACUGAAGGUUGAUGCAAGUAAGAUCAUCACAGUUAGCUCCAGUAUCGCCAUUUCUCCCUGCCGCAAAGAAAUUGAGCAAGGAUCCCAUCAGAAGGAGGGCAGAUCCUUAAUCCAGAACUGGGCAGAAAAUAACACGGAGGCAGCUUGGGAACAUGACGUCUUGCUGAAGAUGGAAGGUGCUAUGAAGGGAAUCCAGGGACACUGCAAUUCCUGCUACCUAGAUACAACCCUUUUCAGCUUAUUCAGUUUUUCCUCUGCCUUGGAUAGCAUUCUCAAUUCGGCUGAGGUACAUGAUACAACAGCACAGCAAAUACUGAGGCAGCAGAUUGUGGAACCGUUGAGACAGCAUGGCUAUGUAGGAGCUGAGAACGUGAUGAAUUUAAGGAGAUUGCUGCGAUCUGACAGUUUCAUUACAGAAGAGAAAGAUCCAGAGGAAUUCCUGAAUGUCCUUCUAGGAGAGGUCCUGGCUAUAGAGCCCUUGAUCAAUAUCAGGGCAGGCAACGAAGUACUUGAGUAUAAUUGUUAUCAAGUCCUUGUGGAGAGAGACAGUAUGGCCCAAAUGCCCACUGUGCAGCAGUUACUGGAAGAAUCUCUGCUCUCCUAUGACCUGAAAUUCGCUGAGGUGGGUAACUGA